UCUGAUCAUGAGCAUUUUUAACUGUAAAAAAUAGACCAUGAGUAUAGAAUGAAAUUUACAUAUUUCUCAGUAUAUAGCAUCAUUGUUAAACCCCUCCCCCACAUUUUGUCCAAUUAUGAAUUAAACAAUGUAGUAGACCAUGUGUUUUAUUUGUUAUAAUAAGGAUUUUCAAGGCAUGUAGCAGCUCACCCCCACCCCCUUCCUAUUUGACAACAUGUUUACUGAACUAGCUAUUAUUUCUAAAUGUAAAAUCAGAUUCACCCUCUCCCGUUUUUUUUUUUUUUUUUUCAUGAUAGCAUUAAUUAUUGAUUGGUAGUUGAAAUGUAAGUUUGAACUGGUGAAUUUAAACCGUAUAUUGUACUGACAAAGGAUGAAUCUUUACCUCCGUCACCAUUCGGUGGCGGAUCCAGGAUUUCUGAAAAGGGGAUACACAUGUGAAAGUUUUAUUAGGAUUAUCUAAAAAUAAUACUUAGCCAUUUUGUGUGCCAAAUCUGGAAUUUCACUCAUAUUAUUUCUAAAUUUGUCCCUCUCUAAAGCUUCCACUACCAUUAAACAACUUAGGAUCGAAUUUCGUGCAAAAGAACUCUUUUUGGGGCAAACCAUCUCAGGGCAAACGUCCUUGAGGGCGAAACAUCCCGUUACCGAUUUACAGAACUAAACUGGUUCCCCGCUGAAGAUUUUCCCCGCUGAUUGAUGCCCGUUAGGAAAGUGAGAUCAACAGGGAACCAGUUUAUUUACAGAACUAGCCGAGCGACUAAACAUUGUUCCUAUGCCAACACUGUUCAACGACAAAGGUGUUUUGAAAAGUACAGCAACGUUAAUCGAGAAAUAUUGAGAGAAUCAAUCACUUACUCAGACGGAAUAGUCAUGGCUCGGUCUCAGGCCCAGGACAUCAUCCGAUGUCAGUACUGUGAGGAGGAGCCAGCUCUGUUCCACUGUGUGCCCUGUGGAGAUGAAUUCUGUUCUCGCUGUAAAACCUUUCAUCUUAAAAGCAAGGUUCCCUCGGGACACAACAUCAUCCCUAUUUCCGAGAGACUCCACCCCACCAACAUGGUCAAAAUGUGUGAAAGUCACUCGUCCAAGCCAUAUGAUGCUUGCUGUGAAGAUUGUCAAGUUCCAGUCUGCAUUUUAUGUAUUCAAGAAAUUCAUAACAAACAUGGUAUUGGGAAAUUGCAGGAUAUGUACGAGAAACAAAAGGCUGCAACCAUGAAAGAACUGUCUGAAAUGAAAACACAAAGUAGAGCGGAUGUUAUACAAAGGAUAAAAGAUGUCGAAAAUGGAGAAUUGCGGAUAAAGACCAGCCACGAAAAUCUGAGGAGGGAAAUGAAGAGACAAGCCAAAGAUUUUAUAGAUCAUAUCAAUGCAAUUUUGAACGAAGGUCUAGGCGAGUCUGAGUCAGACGAGAAAAAGAAGCUAGAAGAGUUAGCACAACAUAAAGCCGAGUUAGAAGAAUAUCAACAGAACCUAGAACAUGUCAUUGAGAAACUAGAAGACCUUACAGAGUCAAGUCCUCCUGCUGACCUCAUCUUGUACCGGAAACAAAAUCCUGACGUGGUGAAACACUUAAAAUUUCCAGACACCGUGGUAACUACUGAUCCCACGUUCACGGCGGGCCAGUUCAACAAAACUUUGAACGAAAAACAGUUUGGACAAAUGACCAAAAGUCAACUUACUCGAGUGAAGACAGAUGAUAAAACCCAAUACACACAAACAAAAGAGACAGAAACCCAACCCACCCAAUGGUUACCAGUGACAUCGGAUGAAGAAAAAGCGGAAGAAGAGUUACAGAAAAGAAGGAAAGGGAAAUUGGCGAAGGCGUCCUCAAAAAGUGCAUUAUUGGUUAAAACGGUAUUACAACACCCAGUCAAGCUAAGUGAAAUAACACCUGAGAAGAAAGAGUUACGUCACGUGGCGUGCGUUGGUGAUGAAAGAGCAUACAUUAGUGGGAGUGGUUCUGGGAUACUUUUGAUUGACAGGUCAAGUACACACUUGGACACAAUCACUACAUCUGGAGAACCGUCUGGCCUGGCUGUGAUGAAGGACGGGAGUCUGAUUUAUUCUGUCCGCAAUGAUCGUGCCAUCUACCGAGUGUCUGCCAAUAAACAGACAACUAAACUUGUAAGCACUCCAGACGAACCUAUAGGUUUGUGUCGUACCGGUUCAGGAGAAAUCCUGGUUUGUCUGUUUAAGUGUGUUUUGGGGUUUCAACUUACAUGCAGUUCUGUCUAUCUGUUGAAUACUACGGUUACAGUGGUCCGGUACAGCUGCAGCGGUGAGAAGAUCCAGGAGUUUGAAAUAUCUCAAUAUAUGACUUAUACAUUACCAAGCGAAUGGCCUAUCUGUGAAAAUGUGAAUGGUGAUAUCUGUACUGUUAGUAUUCAUACUGGUCAUAGAUAUGAAUUUAGUGCUGGGAAUAGAGUAGUGGUAUAUGACAAGUCUGGAAAGGUUCGCUUUCAAUAUGACGGGCGAGGUAGGACGCGGAGGUUUUACUUUAAGUCACGUGGUUUGGCCACCGACAGCCUGGGUCACAUUCUCAUCUCAGACGCCUAUAACCGUGUCGUGCAUCUUAUAAGCCGAGACGGGAACUUCAUCGCCUAUAUCGUGACAAAGGAUGACGGGACAACAUGUCCAUGGGGGAUAGCUCUGGACCAGUCGAAGAACCUGUGGCUGACAGAACCUGAGAGUGUCAAAGUGUACCAGUAUUUGUCGUAAAGCUGACCUUAAUGUACCUUACUAUCGAUACAGAGAUAUCUACCAUUAUAUACUGUUAGUAGCCCGUGUAAUCUAUUUAAAAAUAUACAUUCAUUUUACCUAUAUAUUGGAGUAGUAACCAUAGAUUAUCCGUUAUCAUUCCCACAGUCUGUGUAGAUAACAGACUGUAGUGAGACGGUAUUAUUUCAUGCUAUUGAGUUAUCGUUCUUUCCAUGUAUACACAUCACGCAUAUAUUCAUGUAUUACUAAAAGAGAAUAAAGUAUUUAAAGAAGUA